AUGAUUGAACAUGUUUUAUCGGAAUUUCCUUCGAAGAGGAUACAUCCUGAAGCUAUUUAUACCAGUCGGCUACUUGAAUUUACUCAACUUCCUCAACCAAGAAAUGCCGAUCCCGUUUCAAUUCAGCAAAACUCCCUAGUAAAUCGUUCAGACUUUGGGAAGCUGGCUGCCCGACGUCGUGCAAAUAGUGUAACUUCUCAUAAUCGCCGUCCUAAUAAACAAAAGAAUAAUAGGCGAAGUGUUCAAAUUCAAAGUGUCUCGUCCACCUUUAACGAAAAACGAUUUAGCAGAUCAUUUAAUAGUGAAGAAGUCGCUGAAAGUAUGCGACGAUUAAGUCUUUCUUCAGGAUCAAAAGAUUUAAAUGCGAUAAACGAGGACUUAUUCGAAGAAUAA